AUGGCCACAGAGAGCAAUCUGGUGGGCAUGAGAGCCUCACACAGAGCGCUGGACGCAGAUCUGACUGACUGCUCGGCGCCACAGCUUGUCGUCGUCCGUCAUGGCGAGUCAGAAUGGAACAAGCUCAACCUGUUCACGGGCUGGAAGGAUCCUGCACUGACGGACAAGGGCAAGGAGGAAGCGCUCAAGGGCGCAAAGGAGCUCAAGAAGUAUGGCUAUGACCACUACGACAUCGCCUUUACGUCUGCCCUACAACGAGCACAGACUACCCUCAAGAUCAUCCUCAAGGAGAUCGAUGCAGAGUCCCUCGAGACCAUCAAGGACCAGGCGCUCAACGAGCGGGAUUAUGGCGACCUCACAGGCCUCAACAAGGACGAUGCUCGCAAGAAGUGGGGCGAGGAGCAGGUCCACGUCUGGCGGAGAUCCUUCGACGUCCCUCCACCCAACGGCGAAUCGCUCGAAUUGACCGCCAAGCGCGUCCUGCCCUAUUGGGAGAAGGAGAUCAAGCCUCGCGUCCUCAAAGGAGAACGUGUCCUCAUCGCUGCUCACGGCAAUUCACUCAGAUCUCUUGCAAUGGAGCUCGAAGGACUGACAGGCGAAGAAGUCGUCAAGAUGGAGCUCGCGACUGGCGUGCCUAUCGUCUACAAGCUCGACAAGACUGGCAAGGUUCUCGAGAAGAAGAUCCUCGAAUGA